GUCGCUCGGGGGAGGUGUGUCGACGCGCGUCCAUCCCGCUCCAUUUCGCUCUCGCGGCGCGUUCGCGGUGCGAUCAAACGUGCACGAGUGUGCGUCGCGCGCGUGUGCGUAUCUAUACAUAUACACGACACGCGCACACACGUCCGUAGGAGCACAUAUGUGCGUUACACAGUGCGACAGCAGCAAAGUGGUCGAGCGUGCGUGUGUCGGGAGCACCGCUGGAUAUACGUGAUCGGCCGUCUCUGACCUCUCCUCCCUAUCUCUCUCUUAUUCUUUUUCCUCCUCCUCCCCCCUCGCCUCCCCCGUUUCGCGAGCGCACCAAAUGUUCGCGCCGCAUGCCCCGAGUGCACGCAGCACUGCCGCCGCUCGUUUUCGUCGCCGUCGUCGUGCCGUCUGACGGCGCGUCCGCCGUUCGGCAAACAAUCAUCGCGUUCCGAUACGGUGGAUGACUCCGCCGGGAACGAAUCCGUAAAGGAAGAAGAAGAAGAAGAGAAGAAGAGGAGGAGGAGGAGAAGCGCGAGAGGAAGGGAGUGAAGUUGGCGCUUAUCGCGCGCGCGACAGGAACGAGAUUCAAGAGCGCCUCGCGAAAUAUUCUCCGAUCGUGCGCGAAUCUCCCUCGCGGUUUCUUCGCUCUCUUUGUAUAGAGAUAUAGAUACGUAUAUAUCUCUCUCGUUCGUCGCCUACAUCCGGAGCCAUUUUGCCGAAAUGAAAAUAAUAGCGCGAGCCGUCGCGUUCCCCGCGCCCUCGACUCUGUUCGCGUGGGUCCUCCUCGUGUGGUGCCACUGUGCGUGCUCGGUGGUGCACGCGAAGUCGCUGCACCACCUGAAGACGUCCACCGUCGACAACGGCACCGAGAUCGUCGCCAACUGCGACCUGAUCAGACCGUUCUUCGAUACCAAGAACAUCACGCUCGUGCCAGCCGCUGAGGAUUUUUCGAACACGACGUGCUACGGCAAGUGCUGCAGCAAGGAGAUGGAGGAGCGUUUGAAGCGACAAGCCCGGCUAGACUUCCACAAUCUGAUUCAUCAUCACAGCAGAAGUUUGCAGGGUCUCCUCGUCACCACCGCCGACGCACUCAGAGACACGGUGAUUGUCCUGCUACGAAAGUCGGAGAACCAGACGCUGAGCACGUUCAACAAGGUGUACAGCUCGCUGACGAUGGUGAGCAGGCCCUUGAUCCUGUCGCUCUAUCAGACGCUGGUGGACUACGUGUCGCCCUCCAACACCCCGGACGAUCUCCAGCAACCGUUGACGCGGGAGACGUUGCAGGAACAUUUCCGCGACUUCUUCAAGAGUCUCUUCCCCAUCGCCUAUCGUAUCAUCCUCAGUCAGCAGGAUCGCCAGGAUUUCACCAAAGCGUUCAAGACCUGCCUGUACAACACGAUGGACGACAUACAGCCAUUUGGCGACUUGCCGCAAGAUACUUAUAAGAAGAUCAGCAAGAGCCUAGAAGCUACCAGAGUGCUGAUGCAGGCUCUAAGUCUCGGCAAGACUUUUCUUGACAAGACCGACAGCGUAUUAUUCCCCGCCGACAGUAGCAACAAUCCUCAACAAGAGGCCUGUUAUAACGCCCUGCUCAGGAUGACCUAUUGUCCAAAAUGCAAAGGAAUCGGAAAGGAUGUGCGGUCCUGCAACGGUUUCUGCAUGAAUGUAAUAAGAGGCUGCCUGACACAGCCAGCGUACGAGUUGGAUCUCGCAUGGUCCGGUUACGUGGAAACGGUCGGGAGGCUCGUCGCAGUGGUGGACAACGAUAACAAUCCUCUGGAACUGAACAUCAAGAAUGCCGUCAGAGAUUUGGACACCCGCAUUUCGGGGGCCAUUAUGUACGCGAUGGAGAGAGGCCCGUCGCUCGAGGAGAAGGUGAGAAAGAUGUGCGGUCGUGCGGAACUGCUACCUUCGGACGACGUAAACCCAGUGUACUCGAAUGCAGCUGCGAAAUCGUCCGUGUCACUCGGCAAGGUGCACGCAGCUGCGUCGUCGUCGUUAACGUUCCUCGCGCACGACGACCUGCUGGAGAGACUGCACAAGCAAAUAGGUAACUUUAUGGCGAGCUUCGAGACGUCCCGCUUCUUCUACAUGAUGCUAGCGGACACGAUCUGCGAGGAAUACCCCCGCAAACAUUGCUGGAACGGCGAACGCAUCGGAGAGUACACGAAAACCGUGGUGGAUUCCAGUCCGAAUGCUCAGAGAUACAAUCCUGAAAUCACGUUAACGACGACGUCGUCGACGCCGGUUACUUACGCCGGCAGCACGAAUAUCAGCGCGCUCAUUGACCAAUUGAGGCACAUUAAUCAGCUGGUACAAACGCAAUUGGCGUCCUCACACGACUUCGGUAUGUUCCUGGCCGACGAAGCCCAGGACGGUUCCGGAAGCGGAGACAACCCGACGCAUCCUUACGGCGAGAUUGACGACGACGAGGACAGUCACGGCGAUCCCGAUGAAGACGAGGGGUCCGGCUCCGGGGACGGAACAGGUUCGUCAGAUUCGAGCCGAGGGGCGUCAGAUCCGGCGACGAAAACCCAGAACGAAAAUCGCGGUGCCAGAUCGUCGGCGAUCUUGCUGCCAAUCACCUUCGCUAUUGUUUGCGCAUCGCUUAUCGCUUAAUCGGCCAUAUCGCUGAGACGAGAGACGGGAGGAAGGGACGAUUUCAAUCUUUUCUUCCCAUAGCCAACACAUAGACGAGACGUAGAUAAGGAAAGAUAGACUAGAUCCUGCGAUCGGAAAGAUCGUUAGCGGAUCGAAUCGAUCCGUUUCACGCGGGUCUCUUCCGGCGUCGACAAGAAGAAAGAAAGAGAGAAAGAGAGAGAGAGAGAGGAAGAGAGAGAGAGAGAGAUUCAGUGCCCGCCGGAAUCGUAUAUAACGCACUAUUGAUAAUUUAUCGGUGGCAGCGUGUUGGGCAGCGAAGCGUACUGUUCCUGCCGCGAGUCCCCUGUUGGAGGCACAGGGUGGUUUUCAAUGAUAUAUCGAUGCGCGGGGAGUGCGGGAGACAGAUUGGUAAAAGUAUACGAGAAAGAGGGAGGAAAAAAUGCGGCGAAAAAGGAAAGAAAAUGAAAAGGAGCGAGUCGCGCCUGAGAUGUCGCGCUUGUACAACGCGAUGAUAAAUCUUGGGAUGCUUCCGAGAUGAAAUUUUUCGGCAAAAAAUUCGCUAGUUCCUUAUAUAUAGAAAUCCGAUACCGUGGAACUGGAACGUGUAAUGUUCUCCUCCGUGGAAUUCGAAAUUUAUGGCUCUAAAAUUUAAAUAGGAUUUUUCUCCAGAGUUAUAUAUUUUCGCGGAGAGAAACUUGCGGACUUUUUUAAAUCUGGAUAUAUUGAUUUUUUUACGAUCAUGCGGGAUAUUUAUUCUUCCUAGUUCCGAAGGAACGAGUCAGCAUUGGUACACAUAUAUAUCGUUUCAGUCCCAGAGUAUCGAGACGAUGAUCGAGAAUCGUUAUUAAUAUCUAGGUCGGGAGGAAUGCAAAUCAGUAUUCUCUCCAUUAUUUUUUUCCAUGGGAAAUUUUUCCGAAAGAAAUUUACGAUUUUAUUUUGCGAUAGAGUGUUGCACGAACAAAAUACGAUCGUAAGCCAAAGUUAUUAGUGAAAAGUAUUACGUAUAUAUUCGUCGUUGUUAAAAUUACGAGGCCAUAAACAAAAUUAUCCUACGAGGAAUCUUAUCAAAUCGCGCGCGAUAAUGUCAUUAAAGUCAAAAAGGUAUCAGGAUGUGGACACUCGUCCAUUUAGAAAUAUCAAGCGCGCCUAAUAUCUUACCGACUUCUUGACUUAGCGUAUGCUCUCUCUCGCGAAACAUCAUAGACAACAACGUAAAUCUAAUCGCGCGAAUCUCCGACAAAAUUAUUUCAUCAAACGGGAAAAUUUUUCAAGUCAUGCUGGUAUUAUAUAAGAAUGCAGGAUGGUCGCGAACCAUCGAUCGCCGGUUUCAGGAGGGACAAAACUUCCGAUUCGAAGGUCGACGAGUCUCACUGUCCGUUUAUCUUUCGCGAGAGGGGAAAAAGUAUGUCGCGCCGCUCUGAGAAAUGGCUUCGAGCAACGUUGUCUCUUCUCUGUUACAUUGGAUGUACAUUUUGUUAGUUGCAAGUUGCAAGUAACGUAUGAAAAAUUGGCUAACAAGCGCCUAGAAAAGACUGCAAUCGCGAAUCGCGAAAAGAUUCAGGGAGAAAAAGAGAGAGAGAGAGAGAGCUGAUAGCGCGCCGAUAACUCUGAUAGAUAAUUAGUUGACAGAUUCCAUUCUUGCCUUUACAGGGCGGUAUUCGAUCUGUUUAUGGAAUCUAGACGUUUUCACUCAAAGUUUAUUCCGACAAAUGUAGAAAUAUUUUAUUCGGGAUUUACGUCUUUAUCUCUUGUUAAUUUAUAUCUUUAUCUCGUCUUUGUUACAAAAGUAAAAAAUUAUUUAAAUAAGAGAGAUAUUGAAAUCUAAAUUUUCUAACACAUCGAUUAGGUGUUUCUCUUUCUUCAAUCUUGAUAUUAUUUAUUACAGAACUAAAUUUGUUCUCUUUAUUUGUACAUAUAUCUUAUUUCCAUUUUUUUUAAAUUUAUUUUCUCGAUGAUCAUUGAAUCAUAUAAAGUCUAAAUUCGAUAUCUCGUGCGAUCACGUUCGGUGCCGAAUACCAGAUGUACAUAUGUACAUGCAAAACGAAAGUAUUUUACCUUCACUUGCUCUUGUAUGACUCGUGCAAGAAGUCGUACGCAAAUAUCGUUAUAUUCUCGAGCCAAUCGGCCGCGAAUCGUGCGCCAACCAAACAGCAGUCACGUUAAUAAUAACGUGUGUGCCUCGUGUAUUUCUCGUGCGCGCUGUUCUCCGUUUUUUGUAUAAAGCAGGGAAAAGUGUCUUUUUCGCCCGCUUCGGCGGAUGUCGUCAUCGAUAUAUUAUUAUUAGAAGAACGACAAAGGGGGGAGGAGGCCAUAUAUUAUCAUCCGAACGUCGGUGAUAACGCGCAUAUAUAUGCCAUAUAUAAAUAUAUAUAUAUAUAUACAUUAUAUACGUACGAAAGUUAACUGCCAAAAUGCCAGUUACUACGCGAUCGAGAGCUGAUUUUUACUCGAGACGAUAAUUAUUAUUCGCUGCGCGAACCUUGAGAUCCCUAUGUAAAUGUACUAGUGUGCGAUACGUCUUCUCUGCGUGAGUAUACACUCUUCUGUGAUUUAUCUUUCACUUUUCCUUCCUAGAAAAAAGGGGCCUUUUUAACGCAGCAGACACAAAAAAAAUUUGUCGAAUAAAAUAAAACAAGAAAAAAAAACAAAAAAAAAACCCCGCGACUCGCUCCCGCUGAAAUAUUUUCGAGUUUUUUCAAGUAGAUAUUGAUCCGGAUAAUUUGCCGGAAAUUACGUAAAUAUAUAUGUCAUUCUAGAUCGUAAUCAGUAGUCUCUCGAAAAAUCGUCGGUAUCGUGGAUCAUUCGACAUUCGCAUCAAAGUAAUACAUAUACAUUUCUUUUUUAUUAAUUUUACAUACAUAUAUUUUUUCUUAUUUAUUUUUCAUUAUUAAUUAUUUUAAAAGUUGGAAGAAAGUAAAUCUUCUGCCAACUAAUUAUAUAAUUGAUCAUUUUUUAGCUUGUAAUGUAGAAUCUAAUCAGCACAAUAAAUUUUCUUAUUUAUAAUUAUUUUUUCACAACACACAGUGCAAUAACAUUGGAGAUAUAUUCAUCGCAAAUCAUGAUAUUAACAAACAGUAUUAUAAGUUCGAUGAUACAAUUGCAUUAUGGUACAUUUUUACAUCAUCUUGCAUAUUAGAUUAUUCUUAAAAAGGAUAUCUAUUCAGAGCUGACAUAUUAAUUAACGCGAUCGAUCAUAAAAUGAAGCUCUGUGACAAUUUUAUUUUCAUCGUAGAAGAAAUGUCAAUAUUUUUUGGAAAUUUUGCCAACGUAUUAACUAAUUGAAAAAUACGUAACGUAAAAUACGUAACGUGCCAAAUCGGUUUACGUUCUCUCUAAUAUUCAAUUAUCAUGCAUAAAUUAAUUAAUAAGAGCGCAAAUAUUCUAGUGGUAUUGCAAUUUUGAUAUUUUUAAAUCAUGAUGUUACGUUUAUAUUAAAAAAGAAAAUAGUUAAAUUUUUACAUUUUUAUAUACUUUGAUAUUUUUCAUGGAAAUACUUUGAAAGAGAUUUUAAUCUCUCGUUUUGCAUUGUCACUUCUUCGUGCGGACUUUUUCGCGCUUCCCGAAUAAUUUUCGCGAUUAAUUCAACGAUAAUUCCAGAUUGAGAUCGUCGUCGAUGAUCCACGAUCGCGAUUCAGUAAAGAUAACUAAUCUUGAAUAUCUCGAUGCCGUUAUUUUUCUUAAUGUCCAGAGCGUUCCAUGACGCAAGAUUCUUUCUUGGAUCGAUAUCUUAUAUAGCAUUACGAUAUUAACCAGCCGAAUUGUAUCUCAUUAUUAAAAUUAAGGGUAUUAUCCCGUCACGUUUUUCACGCGCACAUGACUCGCACAUUUAACUUGACGGUAAAAGUCGAAAGAGGGAACUAUUUCCACUGUGUUAUAUAUAUAUAUACGCGAAACCGAGGAACUUUCGACGUUCUCGUGGCAAAUUUUGUGCACAUGACACUUGAAUCUGGCGAUUUGCUUUUUAAAUCAAUCAGAAUGCUUUUGAGACUCUGAAAUGAUUGCAUAUUUCCUAAUUAAUAUAUUAACUAUAAUAUUAUUAAAAAAUGAUAGUUUAUGACGCGUAAAAUUACGAGAAAAUGGUGACUUUAUUUUUUAUUUUAUAUAUUAUAAUCGAAAAUUACAUAAAUUAUUUGAAAUUAAUUUUGUUAUUUUAUAUACAUGUAUAUAUAUUUUUUUUCUUGAGGAGAGAGAAGAAAGCGAUUUAUUUGCGAUACACUAGCUAAAAAUUUUAUUGUUCUGAUUGAUUUGAUAUAAGAAAGUAUAAAAAUGAUAGUCGGCAACAAACAAAACAUCGUUUCUUCGAGGUAGCGCGAGUCGCGACGUUUCGGCGACGCCGUAUUCGUUUUGUAUAUUUGAUUUUCGGAUAUCUUUGAGGAUGAGUGAGUGCCUUUCUGAAUAUCCCUGGCCGUAGCGUCGCGUCGUCGUUCUUUGGAUGAGAGAAAGAGUAACCCGAGUGACUACUCGAAUAAGGGUGCGGAACCGAGCUCUUUCUCGCUAUAGCGUACAUGUGUAUAUGUCAGAAUAUAUAUAUAAUGAUAGCUUUCUCUUUUCCUUUUGUAAUUUCUUCCAUCGUACACUCGCCUCUAACGUUUCUACGUGAGCUCUCCGAAGAUAUCUAGCAGCUUCGCAAACAUUUAUUCCAACAUUGUGUUAGGAUAACACAUCGCGUGGGCGAAAGAGCGGAUGGUUUGCAAAUUGAUAGAAAUGCGAUUGAAUUAUAGAAGCGAGAUAUGUUUGAAUAAUCUUGAGACGGUAAUCUCUCAUUUCCGAUUUGGCCAACGAUAUAGACCUCUCGAUAUAAAAUAUUCAACACAUCUAUUUUAAACGACCUUAUUUUAUAAAUUAUUGAAGUAAAUAUCUAUUAAAAAUAAGAUCAAAUCAAUUGCCUUUAGUUUUAGAUAUAUCUUGUGAAAUUGAAUUCAGAAACGUCCCUCGUGUGAUUUAAAGUGUUGAGGAUUCUACCCCGCACAACAUACAUCUCAAAAUGAAAGUAUUGCCUUUUACAGAUAUAUAUUAUUAAAUAUUUGUACGAAACUCUCAAAAUAUUACAAUGAUAUUUUUUUCUUCAGAGAUCUCAAAAUUGGAUAUCAAGUCUAGAUACUAAAAAUAAAAGAAUAGAUAUAUAGGAUUCUUAAAGUGACUAUCUAGUUUGGAAUUAUAAAAAGCUUUUAAGAAAAAAAUAUAAAUACAUAAUUUAAAUAAAAUAUAUACUCAUGGAUUUAAUUUAAUUAUUAGUUUCGUGACCAUCAAUAUCUUUAUAUUAGACUUUAAAACGAUCAAUUUUUUCACGGAAUAAACUUAUAAAUACAUAAAAUUGUUAAUAAUAAUGGACAUGCCGUUAUAACAAUUUUUUAAAACAUCUAUAAUUUUAUCAAAAAAGUCACUUUAGAAAUAUCCUAUAUGUAUGAAAUUUAAAAGAAAUUAGGCGUUUUCUCUCUCAAAGAAAGCAAUAUAUAGCAAUGAUUUUAUCAUCAAAUCGCUAACGAAGGAAAUUCGAUAUCUGAAUCCGUUUUGCGAUGAUCCAAUUAGAUCAUUUAUAUCCAUUUAUUCGAUGAGAGAGAGAGAGAGAGAGAACAACAGCCCAUGACAAACGCCGAUUCACUCUCUUGAACGUGUCAUUGUCCGGGAGAUCUCUUCCCUUUCAGAGCUCUAAUAAGAUCGAAAUCCGGUGAAAGAGAACGAACCGGACUCGCCAUGGUGAUGCCCGUAGCGCAAAGAGCCCUAAUUCAGCGUGGGUCAGGCAUGCAAUUGUUCGACUUUACCGUCGUAAUUCGUCAAUUUCGCAGGCUUUUGUCGGGCAUAUUUAAGCAGCGCAUUCAGACAAAUCUCUCAAACGUGCGCGCGACUCGUCCUUACGUCUGCCAACAUCGGUCGGUCUUGGACCCUCGUUGCCUCGUUUCCUGGUGACGAUUUCGAUACAGAUACUAAUUUGUCAUAGUACGCGUAAACGAUAAUGUAACAAUGUUUAGAACGAUAAUGUAACAAAAUUUAGAACAAUUAUAACGUUGCGUCAAUUAAUAUCUUAUUUCAUAUCAUUAGUAUUAUUAUUCUAACAUUGCCGAGAUAACAAUCAUCAUACGUGCUGGUUUCAGAAAAUGUGCGUUAUACGUUUAUUUAAACUUAACAUGAAGAUCGUUCAAGUCAUUAACAUAAUCAGGAAAUUGGAGUUUAUAAGACUGAAGAUGUGUGUGGGGGAUAAUGUCCGUGUUGAUACGGCUUUAAUUUAAUGGCUAAUUUAAUGACAACGAUCCGCUCUUUCGUCAUCAAAAUUUGCGAGAGAAUAAGGACAAGGAGAGAGAUAAGCGGGUGCUGUAGAAAAUGCGAGUUACACACGAUGCAAGAAAAUAGAAAUGAGAAUGUGAAAGAGAGAGAAAGAGAGAGCGAAAAAGAAGGAAAGUGAUCUGUAAAUAUAUAACGAAUGCCUGCUGUAUUUAUAUAGUUAUUAAUACGUUAAAAAUAUCGACCUAAAUGAAAGUAGCAGCUAAUAAAGCAAUUAUUAAAGUAAUUAUCGACGAAGUAACCGUUAAUUAUAAUGUUGAAGCGAGUCUAAUUAUAUUAUGAUAUGCGUAAAGGAAACAUAUGCGAAGAUGCGAACGCGGAAGGAAACUCGAGCGAUCGAUUAGGAAUACAAUUUUUUCUUUUUUCUUUUUUUUUUUUCAUCAAUACGCGUAUCGCAUCUCUCGUUGUUAUUGCCAUUUGCCUCGUAUAGCGAAGCGGUUUGUCUCCUUAUCUUGAGAUUUUCUUCGUUUAUCUUGUGAGAGCGAAUGCGGGGAACGAGACGCGAACGAAAUACACGAACAAUCGUUCUUAUAAUCGUUCGAUCGAAUCGCUUUGUAAUUAUACCUAUGUAAUUAAGAAUGAGAGAGAGAGAGAGAGAGAACGAACAUAUGUGUGUGUGUGUCUAUAUGUGAGAGAAAAAGAGUGCGCGCAUUUGUUCCGAUUACACUGUAUAACAAUUAUUAGUCUAGCAUGAUGCAUAUUUUAUCGUACGUACUAACAAGAUCCGUUGUUUUUUUUACGGAACCAUUGCGUUACACACUUAGCUAUUUAAUGCGUCUUGCAAUAUUUAUUGUUGCGCCUUGCGUUUACUAUGUGAUAUAGGGCUACUUAUAUUAUUAUCUCGUCGCGUUCUUGUUUCACUAUCUAAUUGGGCGAGAAUCAACGCGCGUUUCCCGACGUCGUCGGGCGAAAGGAAGGAGAUCAACUGUUCGCGUUGCUCCAUCGAUCGUUUAUUGCACUUCGUUUAAUUACAUAAUCGUCCGAACUGAUUAUAAACUCGUCGCGAUAACGAUGUUGACGACGUUAAUUAUACAUACAAUCGCGAUUGUAACAGAUUAAUUUUCUUCAUAUGUGAUGAUUCCACUAUUCUAUCAGAUUGUAAUAAAAAUAGCUUUGCCUAUUAUUUCAAAAAUUCUGAAAUAUCUCGACAUUUUUAUCGUAGAAUUAUAGACAAACUAACAAAAUUCAAGCUGUGAAAGUAUAAUCCCCUUCCCUCCCCUCCUUCUCCUUCGACUUUUAAAGAGGCAAUUUCGAUUCGUAGUUAGACAAGCGAAAAUAGUGUAUGUAACAUGAGAUAGUUUCGAUCACGCGCAGUCCUCUCGAUUAAGUCACUAACCCAAAUUGAACGAGAAAGCGGUAGUAAAGUGAGCGUAGGUAAAAAGAAGAUGCGACAGAGAGGGAGAAGAAUGCGAACGAUGAUCGUGAGCAAUCUACAUAUGUAUAUAAUGUGUCUACGCGUACAUUCUUGUGUGCCUGUAUGCGCAUUCUUAUAUACAUACAUUAUACCUACACACGCACGCGUACAGGAACGUGUACCUGCGCGCGCGCGCGCGCGCGCGUUAUCAUAAGUGUUAUACGAGAGAUUAAAAUUAUUAUUAAUUAUUAUCGCGGUUAAUUCAGUCGCGACGACGCGUACACGUCAAUCGGCGACGAUCUGUAAAAACUGUUUACGAGUGAAUGACGAAUAAAAUAUUAUACAACAA